UCUCGUUUCCCCAGCCUUAUUAUAUACCCCAUAGUGUCUCGUAAAGUGUACACAACUAUGAAUGUUGUCAGUAAAGCAAUCCAUCUAUCUAGAGGCCAGGUCCUGUUUAUUAUUCGAGGUUCGCAUGCACGAACCCUCGGAUAAAUAUCCGACCGCACAAUAUGCGAUCAAAGAUGCGGAGGCCCAUUGUUCUUCGGCUUGAAUUCAUCGUUCUCCCAGAUGCUAGAACCCAUUCUUGAUACACUCUCUGGCCUCUGGAUUUAAACAUUGAGGCAACAUUCCGUAUCGUGAGUCGAACCUGGAAGCAAAAACCCAUGCAGAAUAAAAGGAAAUUAAAAGAGCGCGAAAGUAAAAAUGAACAUCUAUGAGGGCAUUCGAAUUCGACGACGUGCAGAGCGGCCUCCUACUGAGAUCAAUACCCCAUCCGCAACCGGAGGAAGGCCAGGUGAUCAUCCAGGUUAAAGCUGCUGGUUUGUGUCACUUGGACUUAUUCACGCUUCAAGAUGAUCAAUAUGGGAUGAUCUUGAAACGACCCAUGGUGUUAUCUUUAAAAGCCAUUGGACUUGGAUAUGAUGGCGGCUAUGCAGAGCAAGCCAUGGCUUGGGUUGAUAAUCUCAUCCGGAUCCCGACGGGUGUCUCAUUCGCACAGGCUGUUGUAGCCGCCGAUUCAAUCUCAACCGCUUAUCAUGCCGUGAUUACAGGGGGUCGCGAUUGCGCUGGUGGCACCGUGGCCACCGUGGGGUUGGGCGGGUUGGGUUUCGCUGCCAUCCAGAUUGCCGCCCUUCAAGGAGCGAAAGUAUAUGGGCUAGAAAUUGAUGCAAGCAAGCUGCCGCUUGCUCAAAAAUUAGGAGCUAUUGAGUGUGCUGGUGGACUCGGUCAGUUUGUCAAUAUCGCAUGUGACACGGUGGACGACUUUGCCGGCACCAAUAUCACAACCCUCACGGCGUUGAACACGGCCAAAUCAACUGUAUCGAUCGGUGCAAAUCUAGAUGAGCUCAAGGAGGUCUUAAGACUCAUCGACGAUGGCCACCUUUGUCCUAUUCUAGAGAUUCCUUUCCAUAGUAUUCCGCAGGGACUCGAGCGGUUGAUUCUGGGGAGGGUCACCUGGCGUUUGUUCGCCAAUCCCAGUGUGAAUGGCUUUGAAUAG